UGUACCAGAAUAUUGCCUAUUGGAACAGGUAUAAAAAUAGUCGACAUUGGUUUUUAGUUUUUACUGCUAGUCAAACUUGUAGUUUUUCUCUUGCAUGUGCGGUGCAGCUACCUUGCCAUGUAAAACAGUGUUAUGCAAUGAAAGUCAGUACUUUGACACAGGGAGCCGACAUCGCUAGCUAGCUAGCACGUUUACCGAAUUUAAAGUUUGCUCAUAGCUAUUCCUUAAGGAGACCAGGCAGGCUAGACAGACAACAUAUCCCUAAGGACACUAUACAGAUUAGAUUACUGGUUAAGUGUGCUUUUACAAAUGGCACUGGCGACAGUAACAAGAAGACUGUUUAACGCGUCGUUACGAGACACUUGUCUACGAAAUGGCGCUGCUGUUUCAUCAACAAGCAGAAGUUCAACGUUUUCGUUGAAUAACAGGCCUAUGUCUGUAACAGACCACAGCAAUUGGGCCUGUGUUCGACAUAGGGAAUUUAGCACAUCGACACUACCACUCAGUUCCAACAAGGUGACCGUCCACUUGAUCAACCGUGACGGAGAGAAGAUCACAGUGAAGGGCUCUCCAGGAGAUACUCUACUAGACAUCAUCAUUGACCAGGACAUCGACAUCGAUGGCUUUGGUGCUUGUGAGGGGACCCUGGCCUGCUCCACCUGUCACCUGAUCUUUGACGAGGAUGUGUUUAAGCAGCUGGGCCCAGUCACAGACGAGGAGAUGGACAUGCUGGACCUGGCUUACGGACUUACUGACACGUCUCGUCUGGGUUGCCAGAUCUGUCUGACCAAGUCUCUGGAGGGUAUGACUGCCAGGGUGCCCGAGAGUGUGGCAGACAUCAGACAGAGUGGAGAUGGAUCUUCUUAAUGGCACCCCCCCCCCCCCCCUCCUUUCUCUCUGUUAUCCCCCCAUCUGAACCAUACAGGUGCUGGAUCAGGCUACAUAACCAAAUCACAGCCCUACCCCCUAUAGAGGAUCUUUAGUCAUGGGGUAAUGGCUUCUGGAACAUGGCUGUGUCCUUGUUCCCAGUCUACUCAGACCCGCCUGUGGGAAGAGGGUGUAAGGCUUAGCCUGAGACGGAGCCUAGCUAGGUAGACCUACUUACAGUUAACUGAUGUUGCAGACCGCUAACAUGAAAUGGACUGUGACACAAACCGUCCCCUCCCUGUCCCCCUGGCCCCUCAGAUCACCAGUGACUUGAUUUUUUUUCUCCCUAAAUUGUAAUUCUAAGUUAAGUUCCCUUUGAUUACCUUAAUCACCGUCCCAUUUCGGCAAGGUUUUUUUUCGCGUACGCGAACACACCGAGGAAUCCAAACACGCCUGCUUCACGUCUGUCGAUGUCAGUCCCAAAUAAUAAGGGAAUGUGCGUGUGAUGCAACACUGUCUACUGGAGACUUCACUGAAUACUCUGGGCCGCACUCUUUCUAUCAUGUUCAAACCAUGUACAUUUCAAUGCUAAAGCAGUUCUGAUUAUGGUUGGAAUCAUGUUGUUAGUGUGGUAGACUGCAGAACCCCUAGCCGGCCCAUGUACCCACAUGAAACCAUGAAGUUGCUGCUCGAUAUCGUCAAAUGUUAACCAUUUCUUGGUAUGAAUGGUACAUGCAGACACACAGGAGAUAACACCAAAAGAAUCAGGACUGUUGAAGGAAAUGUCACUAAAACGACAAGUUAAGAACUACUAGAUAUGAGUCAAUAGAGACGUGAUAAUGCCUUACUGUUUUAAAUUAUGUGGCCAUCCAAACCUGAGUUUUUAUCAAGUAUAGAAAAACCCUGUUUAUAGCAUUGUCUACUCAUGUAGAGGCUGGUAAGAUUUAAUACAAUAAACACCUUUUAAAGGAUUCUCCUCUGA